AUGUUUGCUGGACCUAGUAACUUCUAUUUGACUCUACCGGCGAUAAAUUUCAAAUUGAUGUCAGACAAUUCGGUGGAUAUAGUCUUUGAAAAGGCUAUUGCAACCGUGCAGACGCUUUCUUCAGCUAAGGGGUAUCAUGCACUUCCAAGGCCCCCCGCGAGCACUCGAAUUCAACUUUAUGCCUUAUUCAAACAAUCGACUGAAGGUGAUGUAGAGUCUGUAAUACAAAAGCCAUCAGGUAAUUCAGAUUCUCCUGAAUUUGUAAUUGCGCUAAAGAAAUGGGAAACAUGGAAGUCAAAGGAGGGCAUGUCUAGCACAGAAGCUAAAAAAAGAUAUAUCCAAUUGUUGAUAAAUACUAUGAAAACAUACGCAAUGGGGACAUUGGCUGCCAGAGAAAUGUUGUCAGAAUUGGAGUUCUUAUGGUGGCAAGCUUCGCACCCUAAAGAAGGGGCAAGUGACUACGGUAGUGAACCAGAAAGCGCUGUCUUAUUGAGUAAUAGUGACGCAUUGGAUCCCCAGGCUUUGAAAAUAAAGGAACAGAUCUAUCAGACUCUCCUUCAAGAAAGGGAUUCACAUUUCGAGCGAUUGUUAAGGAGUAAAGAAGUAGCUCCUAAGGACCCAGGUGACGUAAGGGAUAAUGAUCCAUUCCGGCGCAUUAAAAAACGCUUAUCGUGGUUAGUCUGGACACUUUUUAAGUACACUUAUAAAGUGUUCAAGAGAUUUAUAGCCUAUGCCAUCUUAAGCGUGUUCCUGGUCGGCAUAUGUAAGCUAAAAGCUGGCCAAGAACCAUUGGAACUACAUUUUGCUGCUGGUAUUGCAGCUCCUUUUUCCGAUACCAUUGAUCGCAGCGUUUUCUCUCAAAUCCGCAAUUAUAUCUGGUACGCAUUCCAGAUUAUCAACGACCAGUUGGGUAAGUACAAGUUACAUAGUGUCUACUUUCGGAUAGAUUGA